AUGUACGCACUCGCAUUAUCACUGGCCGUGCUGGGGUACUUUAUGGUGAUCCCCGUCAUCAGGUACUUCCAGGACUCAAAGGGACUCAGGAAAUAUCCCAAUUACUAUCGAUUGUCCGGUCUAUCAGAUCUGCCUUUCAUUUACGAAGCACACAAAGGCUUCCGCACACGCAAUCUGUUCGAAGCCCAUAAAAAACACCCCGUUUUGCGAGUUGGUCCCAACUCGCUAUCCUUCUCUGAUCCCAACGCCAUCAAGGAUAUCUACGGCCACACGACCAACUGCAUCAAGGACCGCUUCUAUUCCGAAACGGGGGGCAGCCACUCCCACCUUGCCGAUGUCGUGAACAAGAAGGAUCACGCACGGAAGAGAAAGGUCUUGUCAAGCGCCUUUGCCAUCAAGAACCUUGAAGAAUGGGAGUUCAAGGUGGCCGCUGUCAGUGCUAAACUCAUCAAAGCCUUUGAUGAUCGGUGCACCGAUCCACUGCCUCCAAAUCAGAAUCCAAAGAAGGAAGACUUGACAAUUGAUUAUCGCAACUGGACGGUGCUGUGGACCGCAGCUGCCAUCGCCAAUAUUGCACUCAGCGAAGACCUCGGCUUCCUUAAUGAGGGAUCCGACACAAUCAAGUCUGAAAGCAAGGACGGCACAGUGAAGGAAGUCUCCUUCCGUGAUUGCCACCUUGCUACACAGACAGCGUCCUACCUGCUAGUCUGGUCCUACGACUGGUUCAAGACCCUCCGCCGACUUAACCAAGCGAUCUCGUCAAGUUAUCGACGUCUGUGCCAGUUAGAUGGCGACUGGGGUGGUAUUGUUUAUAACCGCGCGACUACACGGAUGAAGCGAUAUAUGGCUGGCGAGAAACUAGACGACUUCUUCGCCGUUCUGAUGGAAGACAAGAAUGGAUCACCGCACAACCUGGAAUGGGGCGAGAUCGUCGCGGAGAUUAGUAUCAUGAUGAAUGCGGGCCACGAUACCACCGCUAUCUCCCUUCGAAACGUCCUAUUUUUCCUUCUGAAGAAUCCUAAAUGCAUGGCAAAGCUUCGUGAAGAGCUGGACGAGGCUCUGGAAGAGGAUGAGGUCGUUGCACCCUACGGCAAAGUCAAGCAUCUACCCUAUCUUCGGGCCUGCAUCGAUGAGAGUCUUCGAAUGCUGCCGCCCAUUGUUUUCGGCUUGCCUCGGCGAACGCCUAUGGAGGGAACUUCCAUCCUCAAUGAAUAUGUCGCCGGAGACACGUCUGUCAGCAUUUCGUCGUACGUGAUGCAUCACCAAGAGUCAGUUUUCAAGGACCAUGAUACCUACAAUCCGGAGCGAUGGCUGGGAGAGGAGGGCAAAGCUCUGCAGCCAUACUUCAUUCCCUUUAGUACCGGAGCUCGAGGCUGCAUUGGCCGGAAUAUUAGCUACCUCGAACAAACGGUUCUCAUUGCUUCUUUGGUGCACCGGUUCGAGUUUGCUUUGCCAAACCCCGAUUGGAAUCCCCCGAUCCGCGAGACGACAAAUCUGAAUCCGGGUCCGAUGCCGUUGAAGGUUUGGAGACGAGGCACUGCCUAA